UGGUUCCCAGCAACCUCGCGCAGCUCUCGGCGCAAUGGACCCGGCGUUGGCCGCGCAGAUAAGCGAAGCGGUGGCGGAGAAAAUGCUCCAGUACCGGCGGGACGAGUCAGGAUGGAAGAUUUGCCGGGAAGGCAAUGGAGUUUCAGUUUCCUGGAGGCCAUCUGUGGAGUUUCCAGGGAACCUGUACCGAGGAGAAGGCAUCGUGAAUGGGACACCAGAGCAGGUGUGGGACUGUGUGAAGCCACUUGCUGGGACCCUACGAGAUAAGUGGGAUGAGAAUGUGAACAGUUUUGAAAUUAUCGAAAGCAUCACUGAUACACAGUGCGUCAGCAGAACCACCACCCCCUCGGCCAUCAUGAAGCUCAUCUCUCCCAGAGACUUUGUGGACCUGGUACUGGUCAAGACGUAUGAGGAUGGGACCGUCAGUUCCAAUGCUACCAGCGUGGAGCAUCUGUUAUGUCCCCCGAAGCCAGGUUAUGUGAGAGGGUUUAACCAUCCUUGUGGUUGCUUCUGUGGACCUCUGCCUGGGGAGCCCGACAAGACCAGCCUUGUCACGUUCUUCCAGACCGACCUCAGCGGUUACCUUCCGCAGGGCGUGGUGGACUCCUUCUUUCCCCGCAGCAUGGCCGGGUUUUACUCCAACCUCCAGAAAGCAGUGAAGAAAUUCUAUGGCUGACACCCUGGCUGGUGGGCUGAGAACUGCCAUGACACGUGCGGAGCUGCCAUUGUUGGGAUGCAGCUGGAGAGCCUGGGAGAACGCGGGCUCCUUUGGAACCGCUCUACCUUUGGAACCCACCAAUGACCAGUUCAUCAACAGGGACAUCAGCCAGAGGCAGCCCCGGCCCCUCCUGCUUCUCCUUCCACUUGGGCGGGGCUGCCGUCACCCAAGCACCCCUCCUCCAGCAGGGUGCCCCCCAAGCCCCCCCCCGGCCACUGGACAGGGACUCUGCCCGGGCACCGUGCGAUGCUCUCGGGUCCAGAGCCUUUCUGUGCCGAUCACUCUCAGAGACCAUGUUUCCCCGUUUGUUGAGAAGAAUCACCAUCCAUCCCGAAAGCCUGGCUCAGCUCCUUGGUAGCAUUCGAGCUCUCAGUCCUGUGCCACAGAUCCCCGGAUGUGUGUUUCUGAUACCGUGCCAGACUUUCCCCCUUAAGAGACGUCAGCUUGGCAAAAUGAUGCUUAAAAAAUGAGAUAAGCGUUCAGGAAAAAACACUUUCAAUACU